UUCUAUUUUUUUACAGGAAUUUCAGAAGAUGACAGAAAAGGCCCCAGAAAAUUUCAGGCUCGACUAUGCAGUGAGCAGAGAGCAAACAAAUGAGAAGGGAGAGAAGAUGUACAUUCAGACUAGAAUGGCACAGUAUGCUGAGGAGCUAUGGCAGUUACUCAAGAAAGAUAACACCUUCAUCUACAUGUGCGGGCUGAAGGGAAUGGAGAAGGGUAUUGAUGAUAUAAUGGACUCGUUGGCCGCUAGAGAUGGUAUUGUCUGGACCGACUUCAAAAAGUCAUUGAAGAAGGCUGGGCAAUGGAAUGUUGAAGUGUAUUGAUUGAAUAUCCUAGCAUCUCUUCACAAGAACCUCCUUGCAAGGAUCCAUACUUUGUAUGUUUUAUGUAGAUAGGUAGUGUGUUUUUUUGUUGUUGUUGCAUAAUCCGUAUUAAAUUUCAUAGAGUCAGAACUGAGAUAACAAUUCUACAUGUUGCACGAAUUCUCAACUUCUUUUCUUGAUAUUAUAUAGUAUUUCUAUUUUUUCAC